GAAGAAGAAGAAGAUGAUAGGACAUGUGCAUAUCUAAAAGUGAUUCCCAUUGUGGGGAUGGGGGUAUUGGGAAGACUGCUUUGGCUCAGCAAGUCUACAAUGAUGAUAGAGUUACCAACAAUUUCGAUGUGAAAGCAUGGGCUUGCGUUUCCGAUGAUUUCGACGUGCUUGCUAUUACAAAGAAGAUCCUUGAGACAGUGAAUGACCAUUUGCUUUGUGAAGGAAAGGACCUAAAUUGGCUUCAUGGUAAGCUCAAGGAACACCUUGUGGGGAAGAAGUUUCUUGUCGUUCUAGAUGAUGUUUGGAAUGAGAAUUAUGGAGAAUGGAUUAUCCUCUUGAAGCCUUUUCAAUUAGGAGUGAAGGGAAGCAAGGUCAUUGUCACGACUCGUAAUUUUCAUGUUGCUGAAAUAGCCCGUGCUCAACCCUAUAUUCUCAAAGAGUUGUCGCAAGAUUCUUGUAUGACUUUGUUUGCAUUUCAUGCUUUUGGAGUGGGAAAUUUCGACCAUCAUCUAGAACUCAAAGGGUUAGGUAUGAAAAUAGUGGAAAAAUGCGGAGGGUUGCCAUUAGCCGUGAAGACUUUGGCUGGGUUACUGAGCUUUAAAGUCAGUCCCCAUGAAUGGAAAGAUAUAUUGGAUAGCAAAAUUUGGGAUCUACCGAAAGAACGGAAUGAUAUCAUUCCGGCCUUGAAACUUAGCUAUCUCCAUCUCCCUUCAAAUUUGAGGAGAUGUUUCGCAUAUUGUGCUAUAUUUCCCAAGGAUUAUGAAAUUGAACGGGACGAGUUGAUUCACUGGUGGAUUGCAGAGGGCUUGUUGGAAGGAAAAGAAGGAAAGAACUGUUGGAAUGCAGGUUUGAAAUUUUUCGACGAGCUAGUUUCUAGAUCGUUACUUCAAAAGUCGAGUAGCAGUGAAUCACGAUUCUUGAUGCAUGAUCUUGUGAAUGACCUAGCAAAGCUAGUUGCCAGUGCAACUUGUUUUAGCUCAGGAGAGUUUGAGUAUGAGGGUGGUCAAAAUAAUGCAUCUUUAGUUCGUCAUGCCUCAUUCAUUUGCAGUAGUCUCAUUGUGGCAAAAAGAUUCAAGAUAUAUUAUGAAAUGAAGGGACUUAGGAGCUUCGUAUCGUUGGCGAAGCAACCUAGGUAUCAUUAUAAGUCUUAUUUGUCAAAUAAAGUGUUAGGCGACUUGUUAUCCGAAUUGAAGUACUUGAGGGUGCUUUCAUUACAUCACUAUCGCAUCAGAGAGGUACCGGAUUGCAUUGGCAAACUGAGGCACCUGAGGUGCCUUAAUUUGUCGUAUACUGACAUUGAAACCCUUCCAAAGUCAAUUGUUGCAUUGUACUACUUAGAAACCUUGAUGUUGCGGGGAUGUCAAAAUCUUACCAAAUUACCAUAAGGUAUGGAGAAACUUAUCAAUC